AUGGGGCUGGGACCUUGGGUCCUGACCCGCAGGCUUCACAUUAGCGUCUCCACCUCCCAGGACCACCCCGCUUCCUGGCAACGCCUGGCAGAAGUUGGGGAUGCCCCACCUCCUGGCAGGAAAGCAAGGCCUGAGCCAGGGGGUGACCUGCGCAGGGACACAGUCAGCCCUGGGCCCCGGAGCCGGCAGCCGGGUGAGGACCUUGGGGGAAUCACGGCACCUCAAGGCCUCAGCUCCAAAUCGUGCCGCGUGGAGCCCGAGGACUCCUACACUGACACCGCAGGCUCCUCCCCAGGCAUUGCCAGCCCCGGCCCUGGCCCUGGGGACCCUGACACAGGAGCCCCGGAUGAUGUUUCGGGUUUUGCUGACAGGACAGCGGGGGCACCUCUCUGCGGCUCACGCGUUUUCUUAUAUUUUCCCCACCAGGGAAGCAGGAAAUGCAGAGCCCCCUUCGUGGCCUUCCUCCGAGUGCGGCACUACGUGGAAAAGGGAAGGAUCGUGAGUGACCCCCGGGCACGGCACCUGUACUACUGCCACCUGAAGGAGCUCAUGCUGCGGUCCCAGUGCGCCCACCAGGAGGAGGCCUACUUCCUGCUGGCCACCUGUGCGUUGCAGGCUGACCUGGGCAAGCACCGGGAGCCGACCCACGCCGGAAGGUACUUCGAGCCUCACUCCUACUUCCCACAGUGGAUCAUCACCAAGAGGGGGAUUGACUACAUCCUCCGUCAUAUACCCGCCCUGCUCCACGAGCACCAGGGCCUGAGCCUCAAGGAGGCCAUGCUGCGCUUCAUCCAGGAGGCCUGCCAGCUGGAGGACAUGCCCAUGCACUUCUUCAGGCUGUACAAGGAUAAGGAGGAAGCUUGCCCCACCAUGAUCCUGGGACUGAUCCUCAGGGGAGUGCACAUCUACCAGGGGAAGAAGCUGGAGAUCUGGCCGGAUGGGCUGCCCGCGGCGCGGAAGCUGGUUUACUACACGGGCUGCGCCUGGUGCUCGCGGCCCCUGCUGCGCCUGCUCCACCAGCUCCAGCUCCGCAUGCGGCCCGCGCUGCACAUGCUGCGGCAGCGGCGGGAGGAGACGGAAGAGAAGCAGCACUACCGGGAGUCAUACGUCAGUGAUGGGCUGGAGCUGGACCUGGACCCAUCCAGCAGGGGCUCCCCGGGCAGCGGGGGCAGCAGGGACAGCGGGGACAGCAGCCAGCACUGCCCCCACCACCUCUCACUCCACUCCGCCAACAGCCACGGCAGCUCCCACACAUCAGGCAUCGAGGCAGACUCCGGCUCAGGUUUUCAAUCCAGAGAGAUGCUUGUGGACCUGCCCUCAGGGGUCCAGCGGCUCCAGGAGAAGGCGCCGUCCUCCGGCCCCAGGACCAGAGGCAGCCACCCUGGCACACAUGAUGACAGCCAAGCCGCUUGCCGGGAGCCCUGCGCCCACAUCGGGACCAGAGGCCACAGCACUCAGGUUGCAUACCAGGUAGGAUCCCUGCCACGGGCCAGAAGCCUCGGGCUCUGCUCCUCCACCACCUUGUCCUAGGUCCCCUGCCAGGGGCCCUCGGGGCCUUCCUAGGCCUAUCAGAGGGUGCCUCGACUGAGACCCCCAAGAUGCAGCAGGCAAGUCAGGGAGCAAGGCUCUCAGGGACUGGGGCAGGUGGGUGGAGGUGGAGGCCUCAGCUCAGGGCCGUGUGAGCCAGCUUGCUGUGGGGACAGAUGGGUCCUGCCUGGGCCUGGGGUGGCCAGGCCCUGAAUGUCACCAGGCCACUGUAGGCAGGACCCGAACACCUGGGCCCUGUGACCUGCUGUGCAGCAGACUGGCUGCCCCA